AUGGAUGCAAAUGACAUUAAGCAAGCUCCACAAAAUUUAACCGUCUGGAUAGUCCGGUCUUCGGCCCUGGAAUACGGAGAGAAGAACGAGCUGCACGUCGUCGCACUUUGCCCUGGUCUGGUCUUCGGCCCUCUGUUGCAGCAUGUGGCGGUCAAUACCAGCAGCAAGGUCCUCGUCUACAUGAUAAAAGGAGGCCCUGACACGAUGAACAACAAGUUCUUUCCCAUCGUAGACGUUCGCGAUGUUGCCGACGCAUUGCUCCUAUUGUACAACAAGGCAGGGCCAUCUGAGAGAUACAUAUGCUCACUGGACCAAAUGGACCUAAAGGAUUUGCUGGCAAUCAUGAAGAACAUGUACCCUAGCUACACUUAUGCAGACAAGAUGGUUGAUGUGGACUUUAACGUCGGAGUCACUUCGGACAAGCUGAAGAAUUUAGGGUGGAAACCAAGGAAGAUGGAGGAGACACUCGUGGAUUGUAUCGAGUCCUACGAAAAAGCAGGGCUUCUUGGGGUUACAGACGACGAACCAUGCCGGCUUCCAUUCAUCUACCGAAUGCCGCCUAUCCAGGAAUGAGAAUGAUCCCAUAAUUGUGCCAUUGAUUCUGCAUUUGGCCUGAAACAUCAUGAAAUGUGUUUUGCAAAAAUAAGCACGGGUUAGGUCUCUAUUUCUCGACUCCUCCACUAGUCCAUUCAGGAUGGAUGCAAAUGUAAAAAUUGUGCAUUUGUGCUCACUUCCGUCAAGAGAAAGCGGACUCUGGAGGAGUACUCUAAAAGCA